AUGGAGCCUAUGCAGCAGCCUUAUAAGUUAGAAAGUUAUAGGAGGAGACUUGAUUUGGAAACAACAUUACAUAAUGUCCAUAAUAAAAUUUGGGCAUUUGUUGAUCAAGAAUGGGAAGUUACAGUUUUGAUGGAUAGGGAACAACAUCUUACUUUGAGGCUUAUCAAUUGGGAUGUAGAUAUGACCAUGAUUGUGACUUUAGUGUAUGCAAAGUGUGACAGCACUGACAUGAUUGAAUUGUGGGAUGACGUAUAUUAUUUGGCUAGGGACAUGACUGAUCCAUGGCUUGUUGCGGGAGACUUUCAUGUAAUAACAGAUGAAUCUGAGAAGUAUGGUGGUCUUCCUGUAUCUUUGAAUGAGGUGGAAGAUUUCAGGCAUUGUAUUUCUACAUGUAAUCUCACAGAUUUGGGUUAUAAGGGGAGUGUUUUUACAUGGUGGAAUGGCAGGGAUGCAGAUGAUUGUAUCUUCAAGAGACUUGAUAGGUGCCUUUCCAAUUUUGAGUUUCAGCAGUUAUUCCCAAGCCUUCAGAUUACUCAUCUAAUUAAAAAUGGUUCAGAUCACUCUCCACUAUUAAUUGAAUUGGAGUUGCAGGCUAACUGGUGUAUAGAAGUGGAGGCUAACUCUUUCUAUGCUUUCAACUCCAAGUUGAAGAAUUUGAAAAAAGCUCUAACUGCAUGGAGUAGAGCAACAUAUGGUGAUAUUUUUCAGCAGAUAACCAACAUGGAGGAGGUGGUUAAGACUAAUGAGGCUAUCUUUGAAGCAUAUCCUUCAUAUGCAAAUAGAGAGCAGCUGAAUAGAAUAAAUGCAGAAAUGACUAGAUUGCUGAGUAUUGAGGAAGAAUUUUGGAAGCAAAAGGCUGGUAUGGCAUGGUUCCAGGAUGGUGAUAAAAAUUCCAAGUUCUUCCAUGCUCAUGUCGAUAGUAAGAGCAAGAGAUUACAACUUAGAAGAAUCCAAUAUGCUAAUGGCCAAUGGCUUGAAAUAGAUGCAGAAAUUGCUGAGGAAGCCAUUAGAUUUUAUCAGGCUCAAUUUCAUGAAACUACUCCACCAACGCAGUUUGAUAUCUUGGAACACAUCCCAAGACUUGUAUCUCAGGAGCAAAAUGCAGCAUUAGUGGAUGGGACAACCAAAAAGGAGGUUAAGUGUGCAGUAUUUGGCCUUAAUAGUACUUGUACAGCAGGGCUCAGAACUUCCCAGGUAUAUCACCCAUACAAACCUUAUACUGUUGUCAACAAGGUGUUUUCUAGGGUGGUUCAUGAAAGACUGGCCCUUUUAAUUCCUGAGCUCAUAUCUCAGAAUCUGGCUGGAUUUGUUAGGGGUAGGAGUAUUGUGGAAAACAUUUUGUUAACUAAGGAGAUCAUCAUUGAAAUUAGGCUCAGAAUAAAUAAAGGCAAGAAAAGUGGAAAUCAAAUUGUGCCCAAUGUUGUAAUGAAGCUGGAUAUGACUAAGGCAUAUGACAGACUCUCAUGGAUUUUCCUCACUAAGGUUGAGGAGGUUACUGGUAUUAAAAGGAAGAAUUUUCCUUUAAUGUACCUCGGGUGCCCAAUCUAUUAUGCUAGAGCUUGUAUGGCUUUCUACUCAGAAUUGAUUACCAAGUUCUUUUGGAGUAACAAAAUAGGAGAAUGGCAAAGGCAUUGGGCAGGUUGGGAUAUAGUUUGUUUGCCUCUUGAUGAGGGUGGUUUGGGUUUCAGUUGUUUGAGAGACAUAUCAUUGACUUUAUUUACCAAACUUUGGUGGAAUUUUAGAACCAAGCCAACUCUGUGGAGUGCAUUCAUGAGUAACAAAUAUUUGAAUAAUAAUAAUCCUAUUCUAGUUCCUUGGAAAAAAGGAUCGCAUAUUUGGAGGAAGAUGUUACAGGCCAAAGAUUUUAUUGAUCAUGAGAUAUGGUGGCAAUUGAAGAUGGGAUCAUCACUUUUAUGGUUAGACAAUUGGACAGGUCUUGGUCCAUUGUAUUUCCUCAUAGAACCAGAUUUCUAUUGUGAUGAAGGCAUUAACAAUGUUGCUGAUGUAGUUACUGAUGGCAUGUGGAAUGAGGCUUUGAUCAGAAAUAUACUGCCUGAGGAUCUAGCUGAAUACAUUUUGAGUGACAUAGAACCUCCAAUUGGUGGAAAUGAUCUUGAUAUUUUGGAGGUUGUCAACAGAUGGACAAUUCAGUGUUAA